AUGGCGACGACAAGCGAGGCAAAUGCACAAGGGUAUAACCUUCAGGUGGACUUUGUCAUCCAAUAUAGCUUUGGGGAUGUCGAUCAACCACAGGCGAUUGAGCAGCUUGAGAAGCUGCUACGGACCCUUUCCGAGGUCGGCCUUCAAACCGAAGUUCGACAAGGUGAUGAAUCUUCUCUGCUUGUCUUCGUGCGAGCCUCUAAGAAACAACUGAAGCGGGCGGUGUACCGAUCGCGUGUCCGCGAUUGGCUAUAUGGAAUCCGCCAUGCCGAGCCCGAACCCGCCGAUGCGAUCGACCCCCACACUGAGACCGAGGCUGAGCGAUUGCGGGUGAUCAAUCAUAUGAUAACUCUCCCCACUCACGAAGGAGGUGCUGGCAUCACCCCACAACAUGGCGAAUGGAAAAAUGUCAUGGCCGUCUUCCCGCUGCACGAUGAGGAGACAAAUGGGCGGUGGAUGCGAGAAUGGAGCCAGAAGACCUUCCUCUCAGAGGAGGACUUGGACCAGAUCCGCAACAAGUUCGGAGAAAGCGUCGGCUUCUACUUCUCCUUCCUCCAGUCGUACUUUCGCUUCCUUAUCUUUCCUGCCGUAUUCGGUUUCGGUUGCUGGUUUCUUCUAGGAGGCUACUCCAUUAUCUACGCCGUUGUGAACUCGUUAUGGUGUAUAAUCUUUGUUGAAUAUUGGAAGCGCCAGGAGGUCGACCUACGCUGUCGGUGGCAGACUAAAGGGGUCUCCGCCGUUCAAACCAAACGGCGCCAGUUUAAACCGGAGAAGGAGGUCAGAGAUGAGAGCACUGGGGAAGUACGGGGUGUCUUUCCGGCCACCAAACGCAUGCAAAGACAAUUACUGCAGAUACCCUUUGCCCUGCUCGCCGCGACUGCGUUGGGGGCUAUUAUAGCCACGUGUUUUGCUAUCGAGAUCUUUAUAUCGGAGCUUUACAACGGUCCCUUGAAGACGUACUUGAUUUUCAUUCCCACAAUUCUCGUGUCUGCACUAGUCCCUACCAUGAGUGCUGUUCUGGUGUCCAUUGCCACCAAGCUCAAUGACUACGAGAAUCACGAGACUGACGAUGCAUAUGAUGUUGCGCUCACCCAAAAGGUCUUUGUCAUUAACUUCAUGACAUCUUAUCUCCCGGUCAUCCUGACGGCCUUUGUGUAUGUCCCGUUUGCCAGCCGGAUCGUUCCGUAUCUGGAUGUAUUUCGCUUGACCGUCCGGCCCUUUGUGUCCAAGGAACAUUCCAAUGCCAAGAGAUCGAAUUUCCAAAUUGAUCCCGCUAGGCUUCGAAAUCAAGUGAUCUAUUUCACAGUGACCGCUCAGAUAGUCGGAUUCGCUAUGGAGACCAUUGUUCCCUACAUCAAGCAGCAUGCCUUCCGAAAGUACAAGGCCUUCAACAAGAAGCGGAAUGGCAAGGCUGACCGUACCGGGGAGAAGGAAUCGCCUGAGAGGCCGCUCCCGGUGGUCUUUGAUGACCCGGCAGAGGAAGCACACUUCCUCACGCGGGUUCGUAAUGAAGUUGAGUUACCGGAAUACGAAGUUACUGACGAUCUGCGGGAGAUGUGCAUCCAGUUUGGCUACUUGGCGCUAUUCUCCCCUGUUUGGCCUCUCGUCCCUGUGUCAUUCUUUGCCAAUAACUGGGUGGAACUCCGAUCGGACUUUUUCAAGAUCUGUAAUGAGUUCCGCCGUCCCACGCCACUCCGGUCUGAUACCAUUGGACCCUGGCUCGACACCCUUGGUUUUCUCUCUUGGACCGGGAGCAUUACAAGCGCUGCUCUCGUCUACAUGUUCAGUGGCAACGCACAACAAGGUCCCAAUGGGGAACCCACCGAUAUCAAGGGAUGGGCACUGCUUCUCUCCAUUUUUUUCUCUGAGCAUCUCUAUCUGGCCAUUCAGUCCGUCGUUCAGAUUUCCAUGACCAAGCUUGAGCCGCCCAAUGCCCGCAAGGAGCGUGCUGAACGCUAUCUAAUGCGGAAGCGUUACCUGGAAACGACUUUACGAGCACAGAAUGAUGACGAAAACUCAGAAGUCACUUCUUCCAAUGCUCCAGGGCUGUCGCGUGCCGCCCUGGAAGAGGACGCUCGGCAAUCCUCUUUGCAAGAUACAGACCCUGCUGAGCGCUUCUGGAUGCGCCAGCGAGGCUGGAUGGAGUCUGCUCAAGUUGGCUCUGGGAUCAUUCAAGCGCAGAGUACCGAAAGGCACAAGAAACAGCAGUAA